CCUCUCUCUCCUUCUGUAUCCUCGAUCUAGAGCAAUCUCCUGACACCUGAGGGAAGUGCUGAGGAGGGCUGAGCAGCCGAGGAGAAGAAAGAAGAGGGGGGAAGUGAAGGGGCUGGGUGCCGGAACGGAGGGGCUGAGCCCCCCAGGCACGGGCGGGGCUGCUGCUUCUUCCGCACGGUUCCUCGAUGAGGAGGCCAUCUGAGCUCGGGCAGCAUUGGAAGGAGAGUCUGGGACUCUGGUAACGUUGAGCCCCAGGUUCUGCUGGGGCAGAGUUACUGGUGGAGCUGGCCACUACCAUGGAUUAUGAACAUCUCCCUCCAUCACCAUCAGUGGAAAGCAGUGUCUCCCACAGCCCAAUCCUGGGACCUCAGCCCAGCAGAGAGCAGACCUUGAGAGAAGAGCCUACAAAAGAUCAGCUUGCCCCUUCAGAUGGAGCCAAAGGGGAUGGGAGCUCAGGCACAGAGAAUGUGGACUGCAGUGGGGACACUUGCCUGACUGAGCCUGUGGAGUACAGGAAAAGGACAGAUACCCUAGCCUGUGGGGACAGUGCUGAGGGCAGGGAUGGUGACCUCUGUGAUUUGUCACUCAUGAACAACAUGUCCUUGGGGUUUGGGCCAGGUCAGGUGAUGGACCUGGAUGGUGCUGAAGCUCCCAACAUGAGUGGACACAGUGACUGUUGGAGGGAAAGAGAACUUGAGAAAGGGGAGGCCCCUUACAAGAAGUCUGGCCUGGGAUACCAGCAGCCACUGGGCAGCACUCCAGGGAGCCCUUGCCCUGAAGUCAGGCUGUUUGAGGAGCCAGAGGCCAGUGAGUGCCAGGAGGAUGCAGAGUCAUUCCCCUAUAAGGACAUCCGGGAUGGUUUUAGCUCUACUUUUGAAAAGAUUGUGGAGUCGGAGCUGAUGAAAGGGACUUACUACAGCAGCCUGGACUCCUUGGACGUGCUGAGCCUCACUGAUGAGACCGACAGCUGUGUCAGCUUGGAGGUGCCCCUCACCCCACUCAUUCAACAGCGAGUCAAGGAGAGCCCAGAGCCGACUGAGGUCCGGCCAGAGGACAGGGAUGGGCAAGACGGGGCCGAGGCAGGGUUGGUAGAUGGGGACUUUGGCAGUCCCCUGAGACACUCCAUUACCAGCAGCCGAUCAGAAAAUGUCCUGAGCCGACUCUCUCUGAAGGUUGUUCCCAAUGGCUACCAUGCUCCCACCACCCAGGACACAGAAGAAGAGGAAGAGGAGGAGGAAGAUGACACAACCAAACUAAUUAAUUCUGUCAGUGACCCAAGCUUGAAGGAUGCAUUGUCAGACUCUGAUUCUGACCUGGGCAGCAUGGAGCAGCUGGACCAUGGGAGUACUGACACAUUGGCCAAUGGAUGCCAGGCAGUCAAUGAGGCAGCUAAGAGGUUAGCCCGGCGCCUCUAUCACCUGGAGGGUUUCAAGCGCUGUGACAUCGCCCGCCAACUCAGUAAGAACAAUGAGUUCAGCAGGCUGGUAGCGGAAGAGUAUCUCAGCUUCUUUGAUUUCGCAGGCCUGAGCCUGGAUAGAGCACUCAGGACCUUUCUAAAGGCCUUUCCCCUGAUGGGGGAGACUCAGGAGCGGGAGAGAGUUCUUACCCACUUCUCCAGGAGAUACCGCCAAUGUAACCAUGGAGAGAGCACCUCAGAAGAUGGGAUUCACACACUUACCUGUGCCCUGAUGCUGCUCAACACGGACUUGCAUGGACAUAACAUCGGCAAGAAGAUGUCCUGCCAGCAAUUCAUUGCCAACCUGGACGGGCUGAAUGAUGGACAGGACUUUGCCAAGGAUCUGCUGAAGACACUAUACAAUUCCAUUAAGAAUGAAAAGCUGGAGUGGGCCAUCGAUGAGGAGGAGCUGAGGAAGUCGUUGUCUGAGCUGGUGGACGACAAGUUCGGGCCUGGGGCCAAGAAAGUGACCAGAAUCAUAGACGGCGGCAACCCCUUCCUGGAUGUCCCUCAGGCGCUCAACGCUGCCACCUACAAGCAUGGUGUGCUCACCCGCAAGACCCAUGCUGACAUGGAUGGCAAGAGAACCCCCCGAGGUCGGCGAGGUUGGAAGAAGUUCUAUGCGGUUCUCAAAGGAACCAUCCUUUACCUACAGAAGGAUGAAUACAAGCCAGAUAAAGACCUCUCAGAAGUGGACCUGAAGAAUGCCAUUCGUGUCCAUCACGCACUGGCCACUAGGGCCUUGGACUAUAGCAAGAAGUCUAACGUACUGAAGCUAAAAACUGCUGACUGGAGGGUAUUUCUCUUCCAAGCACCGAGCAAGGAGGAGAUGCUUUCCUGGAUUCUUCGAAUCAACCUGGUAGCUGCCAUUUUUUCUGCCCCUGCCUUCCCAGCUGCUAUCUGCUCAAUGAAGAAGUUCUGUAGGCCCCUUCUGCCCUCCUCUACCACACGCCUGUGCCAGGAAGAACAGCUGAGGUCCCAUGAAAACAAGAUGAGGCAGAUCACAGCGGAGCUCACAGAGCACAGGAUGCACCCGACUGAGAAAAACGUCAAGUCAAAGGAGGCGGAGGAGUACCGGCUGAAGGAGCACUACCUGACGUUCGAGAAAAGCCGCUAUGAGACAUACAUCCAUCUCCUGUGUGUGAAGAUUGAAGUGGGCUCAGAUGACCUGGAGCAGAUUGAGGCCAGGCUGGCCACAGUGGAGGCUGAGGACCUCUCCUUGAGGAAGACACACUCCAGCCCCUCCCUCAGCCAGGGCCAUGGGCCCACGGCAGGUGGCUUAGUGCAAAGGGAUGUCACAGAGCCCAGCACUUAACUGGGAUGUACGGACAGGCCACAGAAGCAGGGCCUCUGCCGGAUUGCCCCGUGGAGGUCAGGGGGCACGGUUCUGCCCUGGAGCCCUCAUGGACUGACCCCCGGUGGGCGAGCCAAAGGACUCCAGUCGGGGUCAGGGCCCAGGAGGCCGAGAAGUAGUCAUUGUCAAGGUGUUGAUCCUCUUCCCUACUCUGACAUCUCCGGGUCCUCAACUUUCUCCUAGCCCCGAGAGAACUCUCUGUUGGGACCCUCUAUAAUCCCCACAGAGAGGUUUCUCAUUAUAAUGGGAAUUUGCAUCCCUGCCAUAAAGCUCACAGUUUUGGAGCUGAGGAACCUUGGCUCUUUCCAGGUGCCCCCCCCAACUCUUCUCACUGCAUUUCUCCCUCUUCUCCCCACCCUUGUCCUAUUCCCAGCCCCUCACUAUGGGUGGAUCCUAUCAAAUCAAAAAUGAUCCUCCAGGCCCCACCUCCCCUUCUCCAAGACAAGCAGCCGCAGGUCUGUAGGCCACACACAGCAUCUUCCCCCCAAAUCUCGACAACCCACCCACCUGCUGCAGCAGAGGCCCCGCCAGAGCCAGUCAUGGCCAUCCCACUGUUGUUGCAAUAAUCCAGGCCAAGUGACAUUCCUCUCACAGUGUCAAGCCUGUCCCUGCUUUACACCUGACUAUUCUGUCCAUUUAGAUAGGAAACACUAUGGCCUCACACACACACACACACACACACACACACACGAUUUUCUAAUGAUGUAGGAGAAAGAGAGGAAAAAGAAACAGAAACACCAGAUGGAUCUACCUGUUCCCCGAAUGUGUCCUAAGGCCUAGGGCUCAGCGUCUCCUCAGGGGCCUGGCACCUCCAGGGAGAGGGAGGGGUGGUUCUUGGGGCUGCUGGGGCCACUCUGGCUUUAGUUGUGACGCAUACUGCUUUACUGUCCAUGCUUUGGAAAUAAAUAGACAGAGCCCA